AGAUCCGAACACUCAACCGUACUCGUAAAAGUGAUGGGAAAUUUGGAACAGUCGAAGCCCGUGACUCCGAUUGUAACGCUAUUCUAGGUAGAUUUUAACCCGAUUUCACCACACUGAGAAGGACAUACCCGGCUGAAAAAUGAAGUAUAGUUUGGUUGUUGAUGGUUUGCAAACGGAAGUGGUUCUGGAUGAUGGAAAAUUAACAUUUGCAUCAAGUGGAGGUGAGGACGUCAGCUAUGAAUUUAAUGACAUCAUUGGAUGUGACGAGAUAAUGACAGGAUGGUUUAGGAAGAAGGAGGUAGCGCGAGUGUGGCUAAUCGAACGCGAUCCCUCCAAUUUAAUGAUAAAGAAAAGCAAGGUGAUCUCUGGGGAUCAAAGGAAAGGUUUUCAACACGAUUUGACAGAGAAGCUGAGAAAAGAAACAAAGCGUCCCAAGCAAGUGUUGGUGUUGAUAAACCCCAUCGGAGGAAAUGGCACUGCCCGGAAGGAUUUCAUAAAUAUCGUAGAACCACUCUUUAAACUCUCAGGAAUUUCCAUGGAUAUAGUGUUGUCUGAGCGUCCUGGACACAUGAUUGAUGUUGCGAAAACUUACGACUUUACCAACACUGAUGGGGUCGUGUUACUUGGAGGUGACGGAUCAUAUCAUGAAGUGGUCAACGUGUUGAUGAGAAAGAGACAGGAAGAACAAGGGGUUGAUAUAAACGACCAAAAUUCAUCAUUAUCCCCCUUGAAUAUUCCAAUAGCCAUGAUACCAACAGGUACUGGGAACGGAGUGUCAGAAAACAAUACUGGCAGUAAAGACGUUUUAACUGCAGCUCUUCAUGUUGUUAAAGGGAGAACUGUGUCUUCUCAUCUGUUGGCUUUGUACAGUAAUGGCAGUCUUCUUGGCUUUGGUGGAACAGCUUCAACAUACGGAUUCAUGACAGAUCUUCUUUUCUAUGCCGACAGGAAGUUCCGGUGGCUUGGGCGAUCCCGGUACUUGUUUGUUCCCAUGUGGAUGCUUCUUUUCAAAUCCCAUACGAAUCGUGUUUACAAUGCCAAGGUCACCUACUACACAAAUGUCACCGAGCGAUGUAACAGUGAAACCAGUGAGACAGAGAUUUAUGUUGAAGACAGGAAGCUCUCUGGAUACAGUUCUUUUACAUCUGAUACAGUGGUCUUCAACCGGAAGUUCUGGAAUAUGAUGACUCUGAACGGUAACGUCAUCUAUGAUGGUAACGUCAAGAUUGAUGUCCCAAGAAUGUUUAUCCCCAAACCGACAAUGUGUUCUUCGUUUCUCUUCUAUGACAGCGUGGCACUCGGAUCUGUGUUCACAUUUUUCAAGCACAUCCGUAAAAGGACAGCCAUGGAUGUACCUAGUAAUGAGCUGGAGGUGUUGAAUAUCCAAGGGUUCAAUGUGGAGCUGACAGAUGGCAUAGACGAUGAGGACCCGAAUAUGAUGAUGCUGAAAAGACUUGUACAACUAGAUGGGGAAAUGUUUGAAUUGAAGGCUCCAUCAUUUCAACUACGGUACAAGCUGGACGUUGUUCAAAUCUUUUCAAGUCAUCUGUAAAAUGUCGUGAUUUAUAUUAUUGAUGCCUAUUUGUGUUCUCCUGUUUUGUGAACCUUCACGUGUUUAAUAUACAUUUUAGAAAUAUAUGUAUCUACUAUGUGCUAUUAUUGUGGUAUACUAGCUGCUAUAUUACCUCUAUAUUUUUGUUAUAAAGUGUAUAUAUAUAUAUAUAUAUAUAUAUAUAUAUAUAUAUAUAUAUCCAUGUUACUGUAUAUAUAUAUUAUAAUUUUUAUUUAUGUUAUAUUUCUUGUCAUGCAAACUUACAGCCUUACAUUACAUGACAUGAACGAUGUAGAGCAUAAUAUUUAGGAUCUCCCAUGGUUUAUUAUGAUUUAUUUGGGUUUUUUUUUUAUUCCCAAGUCUUGGCGAGGGGAUAUAAAAGAUAGAACGAGUUGGAUAUAAAUCAUAUCAAACUACAAACCAUGGGAGAUUCUUUUUAAUCACAUGUUACCCCCCUCCUGGUUUGAUUUCAAUUUAUGUUAAAUCACCUUUCGGCCUUCAAAGCCGCGUGACAUUCUGGAGACACGUCACUAUGACGUAUAAAGAAAAAAUGCCUAUUACAAUACACAAAUAAAUCAUGUUUCAGAAGAUUUCUUUAUUGUUGAAUGAAGUUAAACGAAUGAGAGUAAAUUUUUUUCUACAAUAUCAACAUUUCAUUCUUUAAUUGUACAAUUUAAUUACGUAUUGUACCAAGUCCGUCAUCUGAGUUGGAGCCGUAGAUCACACGCGGACAGUAUUUUUUUGGAUGACGAAUUUGAAUCGUUUUGUGUGUUUACAAUUAUUUUCCAUCCAAAAUGAUACCAUUCACAAAGCUUUAGACUCUUCCUGACACAUUUAUUGUGUUUGUUACUCCAUUGUAAUUUAUUGUGUUUCGACACAUUGAUUGAUUCGAUGUUUUCCGCCACACGCAACAAUUUUUCAGUUAUCUGGUGGCGCGCAGUUUUUAUUGUUGGAAGAGAGAAACCAGAUACUAUGAACCUGGGAAGAGACCAUCGACCUUCCGAAAGUAAACUGAGAAACUUUCUCACUUACCGGGGCGAGCGGGAUUCGAACGUCAUUUUGAGUGAAUUGAAACUGGGUGGCGGAUCCGCGUUAUUAUAAAGCUGUUGAAUUUGAAAGAAUUGUCGAAAUAUUCUGUGUGGAUUUCAUUUAAACUGCGGUAUUUGUUGAUUGCAUAUUUUUGUGACCAGUUAUAUGCAUAAUUUGGUUGGCAUGUAUGUUAUUUUCACUUAUGUUUGAACUAAAUCGUUAAAUGAGAGCAUUGCGAUUUGUUAAUCUUAUGUCCCCAAGAAUGAUACCGCUGCAACUGUCCUUCUUUUCAUGAUUUAAUUCAGUUGAUCAUUACAACAAUAUUAUUGGGAUUUUUUGCUCUCCGAUAUGUUUGUAAACAAACUAUGUAAAAUUUAAACACAUUUGUGACGCCAUGCGCGGCGUAGGAAAACAUAGUGUAAUAUUUAGAAUGUAUGUAAAAGGUGAUGUUCACUGGAUAAAGGACUAACAUGCGAUAGUAUUCUACUUUAUCCAUAAGACAUUUUAUGUAUAUUAUACAGAGAGCAUAUACUGAGUAUUACUUGUUCUGUGUUUAUUAUUAUACACAUACAAACAAAUAAAUAAAAAAACACUU